GAAAGCUAAGUGAGGUCCCUUCAACCUUCCCCCCCUCAUUUGGCCAUCUCCUCUCUCUCUCUCUCUCAGUAUAUGCACACGCCUGAUUUCUUUGCCUUCUGUACAAGCCCUUAGGUAACUCAGCUACGCUCCGAUUUUUCUGCUCGCUUAUCGAUCUAUCGAUUGUUAGUUGGAGGCGGAAACGAAGAAAUGGGGAUGUUCAAAGUUAGCAACGUUGAGACCACGCCAUUCGAUGGCCAGAAGCCUGGAACUUCAGGCCUUAGGAAGAAGGUGAAGGUAUUCAAGCAACCUAAGUAUUUGGAAAAUUUUGUUCAGUCAACAUUCAAUGCUCUUGGGGUUGAUAAAGUUCAUGGCGCUACACUUGUGGUCUCUGGCGAUGGCCGGUACUAUUCUAAGGAUGCAAUCCAGAUUAUUAUUAAAAUGUCUGCUGCAAAUGGAGUUAGACGCGUCUGGGUUGGUCUAAAUGGAUUAAUGUCUACUCCUGCUGUAUCCGCUGUUAUCCGUGAAAGAGUUUCGGCUGAUGGAUCAAAGGCAAAUGGGGCAUUUAUAUUGACAGCUAGCCACAACCCUGGUGGUCCCAAUGAGGAUUUUGGAAUUAAAUACAACAUGGAAAAUGGUGGUCCUGCACCAGAAGGUAUCACUAACAAGAUCUAUGAGAACACCACAACAAUAAAGGAAUACUUGAUUGCAGAGGACUUGCCUGAUGUGGACAUCUCUUCAGUAGGUGUGAAAAGCUUCAGUGGACCAGAAGGACAAUUUGAUGUCGAUGUCUUUGAUUCUACUACUGACUAUGUAAAAUUGAUGAAGUCUAUAUUUGAUUUCCAGUGUAUCCAGAAAUUGCUUUCUUCUCCAAAUUUUACAUUUUGCUAUGAUGCACUUCAUGGUGUUGCUGGAGUUUAUGCUAAACGUAUAUUUGUGGAUGAGCUUGGUGCUGAAGAAGGGUCACUAAUAAACUGUGUACCAAAGGAGGACUUCGGUGGAGGUCAUCCUGAUCCCAAUCUGACAUAUGCAAAAGAGUUGGUUGCGCGUAUGGGACUGUCUAAGACUCACACCGAAUCAAACCCACCGGAAUUUGGAGCUGCUGCUGAUGGAGAUGCGGACCGCAAUAUGAUCCUUGGGAAAAGGUUCUUUGUGACACCCUCUGAUUCUGUUGCUAUAAUAGCUGCUAAUGCUGUUCAAGCAAUCCCUUACUUUUCUGGAGGCCUAAAAGGAGUUGCCAGGAGCAUGCCCACAUCAGCUGCUCUAGAUGUGGUGGCUAAACACCUCAAUUUAAAAUUUUUUGAGGUGCCCACCGGUUGGAAGUUUUUUGGUAACUUAAUGGAUGCUGGACUAUGCUCAGUUUGUGGUGAAGAAAGCUUUGGGACAGGAUCAGAUCACAUUCGUGAAAAGGAUGGAAUUUGGGCUGUUUUAGCCUGGCUGAAUAUUUUGGCGCAUAGAAAUAAGGAAAACCUAAGCGGCAAACUUGUAACAAUAGAAGACAUUGUUCGUCAACAUUGGGCCACCUAUGGACGCCACUAUUAUACCAGAUAUGACUAUGAGAAUGUUGAUGCAUCUGGUGCAAAGGAACUGAUGGCUCAUUUGGUUAACCUGCAAUCCUCCCUUGAUGAAGUUAACAAGAUUAUAGCAGGAAUUCGGGAAGAUGUUUCGAAGGUUGUCCAUGCUGAUGAAUUUGAGUACAAGGAUCCUGUUGAUGGCUCCAUCUCAAGUCAUCAGGGUGUCCGAUAUCUCUUUGAAGAUGGGUCACGAUUGGUUUUCCGUCUCUCUGGAACUGGAUCUGAGGGUGCGACCAUCCGUCUGUACAUUGAGCAAUAUGAGAAUGAUUCAUCCAAGACCGGAAGAGAAUCCCACGACGCACUUUCCCCUCUGGUGGAGGUUGCUCUCAAGCUGUCUAAGAUGGAGGAAUUCACUGGCCGAUCAGCUCCGACUGUUAUAACAUAAGAUCUUAUCAGCUCUUAAGUGCGAGUGUGUUUUUUUUGUAUAUCCUAAACAAAUACUCCAUAUAAUAAUGCGGCCACCGUUCCUUUUGCCUAAUAAUACAGCAUGUAUAAACUACACAUGCAGAUUUGAGGUUGUGAUUCUGUCAUGUUGUAUGAUUUGUUUGUGUAUUACGAUUUGAGAAUCAAUAAGCAUUCGUCAGUUUUGUUGGUCCAUGCUGUAGCUGGCUAAUAUAAAUGGAUUAAACUACGGUUAUUGGG